AUGGCGGACGAGCAGCCCGAGUUCCACGACGUGGUCGUCAUCGGCGCCGGCGUCGCCGGUCUGCGCUGCGCCAGCCAGCUGGCCAAGACCGAGGGCGUGUUGGACGUGCUGGUCGUGGAGGCCUCCGGCCGCGUGGGCGGCCGCGUGAUGAACGACACGAGCUUCAUCCCGGGCAUGAGCAUCGAGGUCGGAGCCGAGUUCAUGCACGGCGCCAACACGACGCUCACGCGGCUCGCCGAGGAGCACAGCAUCGGCAUGCGCGAGAUCUUCACUUGGGCUCAGGUGAGGACACGGGGCCAAAAGCAGAACAUCAAUGAGAUAAUCUUCUGGCCUUCAUACGAAUGCAAGAGCGAACGUCAGAUCAUGCUUCCUUAA